AUGUUCAAGUUUAACCCAUUACACAUUGUUGGUAGGGAAAAGAUAAAAAUCCGCUAUCAAAGUUCGGAUAGGUUGGAUUGUGAAGACCCGCCAAAAUUUAGGGAAACUCGAUGUAGAUGUUGCGGAACCUUGUUACGACAUCCUAUAGACGCAGUUAAGUUCAAAUGUACAAUAUGUGAGGUGACUGUUGUUUUGAGACAAACAGCAAAUUCUAGGGAUACUGAGGGCAAGAUACUGCCGGACCUUGAACAGUUAUCCAAUAUAGUUGGUCAAUGUCUCGAAUCGUAUAAGAAAGAUCAGACAGGAGAUGAGACCCCCGCUAAAGAGCUUAACAGCUACUUCAUUCCUGUGGAAAAAUACAUUGUUCAAAAAUUCGGUACAGCGGAAGCUUUGAAUCAAUUAUUCAAACCAACUGUUAAAGAUCAAAUUAUAAACUACGAAAAAGCAGUGACAUUUUAUAAUUUGAUAGGCUCAUUGCCUACCAAAAGACCCAUUUAUCUCAUUUUACGUGUCUUUAAUGAGGUUUUGAAAAGGCCAAAGAUCCUAAUGGAUAAAUGGGAGCACUAUUUAUUCAUUUUUUUCAUCUUGGAGGUACCUUCUUUAAGGCAAUGUAUUAACAACAGUACUACAAUUUCUAGAACACCCAAGAUUAAGACUUUAAGUUACGAAAUAUUAAAAAGAUGUAUUGGUUACUUGGGGUCAAUGAAUAGUAAAGUUUCGGUGAAAUAUAAGAAUCACUUAGUUCGUUUACAUCCAUUGAAAUUUCAAAAGCAAUGGGAAAUUUUAAACUUGUAUUUGAGUUAUCAGUUCCAGAAAAUAGGACCCGGUCCGCCGCAUUCACCACGAGGAUUAUCAGGAACGUUGUUAACUGAAUCAUCGCCUGUGGAUGAAACCAAAGAUGGAACUGUAUCUUAUCUUUUCCACCCCGGAAGGCAAAAGAUACCGUUAGAGAGCAGGUUCAGAAUUGAAAAAUACGGACUUGACUGGCAUAUUCGCACGGUGUGUCAGCUAAUGAACAUAUACUUUCAAGCUCAUUGUGAACAGCCAAAAUGUGACAUCUCGGUUUUUUACAAUAUGAUAAUUGAUUUCAUUGAUUACAAACGUGAUUUUAUGAUGUGGCAUAAGAUGAAUAGAGAGCAAUGGAGGACCCUUGACGAUUUAUCCAUGACACAGUUACAUGAAACGCACUAUACUGCCUUAUGCCAGUACCCUUUUUUGAUGUCCUUAGGCGUUAAGAUAGCCAUAAUGGAGUUCGAAACUGGGAAAAUGAUGGAACAUAACGCUGAGCAAGCGUUCUUAAAGGCGUUGGACUCUCGUAAACUUUACGAUGUACAUUUCCGAAUAAAGGUAAGACGAAGCCAUGUGACACAGGAUUCGCUAACGUCCAUUCAACGACAUCCACAUGAUUUGAAAAAAUCCCUAAGAGUGGAGUUCUCGAAUGAGCCUGGAAUCGAUGCUGGCGGUUUAAAGAAAGAAUGGUUCCUUUUAUUGACUAGGGAAUUGUUUCAUCCAAACCAUGGACUAUUUCAAUACGUGGAAGAAAGCCGAUUAUCUUGGUUUGCAUAUGGGAACACCGGUCUUAAGCUUCAUGGAGAGAACAACAAUGAACUAUACUAUUUGUUUGGAGUAGUGUUAGGUCUUGCAAUAUAUAACAGUACUAUAUUGGACUUACAUUUUGCGAGGGCCAUGUACAAGAAACUAUGCAAUGAGCGGAUCACUUUUGAAGAUUAUGAGGAGUUGUACCCUGAGACAGCAAGAAAUUUAAAGAAAAUGUUGAGUUAUUCGGAACUAGAUUUUAGUGAUAUAUUUGGAUUGUCGUUUGAGACCACGUAUUACGAUGUAGCCAGUGGUAUCAACGUCACGAAACCGUUAUGUGACGGAGGAGAAUCAAUCCCAGUAACCUCGGAGAAUAAGACAGAGUUUGUUGAAAGGUGGGUAAAUUUUUAUAUGAAUGAGGGGGUCUCAUCGAGUUUUAGUGCAUUCCAAUCCGGGUUUACAAGAGUCAUCGGGGAUGGUUUGGCUUUCCCGAUGUUCAAAAGUUGUGAAGUAGAAAGGCUCAUCUGUGGCAGCAUAGAACAAGACAUGGAUUUCGAACAACUUCGCGCUGUGACGAAAUACCAAGGCGGAUUCCAUAACCAAACCCCGGUAGUGGAAUGGCUAUGGGAAAUACUACCACAAUUAUCCCAUGAACAGCAACGUCAAUUUCUCCAUUUCGUGACUGGGAGUGACAGAGUUCCAGUGACGGGACUUGCGACGCUUCCGUUCAAGGUAACCCGCACAACGUCCGGAUCACAUGAUCAGUUGCCCACUGCCCAUACCUGUUUCAACGAACUCUGCUUGUACGAAUAUGAGUCACGUGAUACUCUUCUUCUGCGAUUGGUGACUGCCCUCGAAAUGUAUGAGGGUUAUGGGUUUAAAUAA